CAAAUAAAAUAAGCUUUAUUGGGCUGGGUGAUUCUUACAAAUACAAGGCUUAAGAAACAGAUCCCUGGUGGAAUCUGUGGCAUUCUCUGAACAAACAGACUCAGCAAUUUUUUCUGUCCCUUUCGGGUGUGCACUCUGGGGCUGGGGUGCCCCUCAAUAAGACCGCUUUUCUGGGAGGGAGAAACCCGUUCGAGGAAGGGAAGAAAAGCCCAGACCGAUGACUUCAUGUUGUGGAGCUUCCUGACUGAAAUGGGGCUGACGGAUGGGGUUUUUCAAAACGUCGCUGCAACCAGAUGCAAGAGUGCAGCUUGCUUACCGCAUCGCGCUGCAGUCGUGUGUUUCAGGGACAGACACAAGGGGAAGUAGCAGCCAGCCCAUACCCGGCCGCUGCCUGGAAGACUUUCUGCACCGAAAGGAGCCAAGAAGCUGGGGAUUCCUCCUCUUCCGCCAGCCCUGGCGGAGGCUGAGUGGCAGCCCAGGUUGAGGCAGGGCAGGGAGCGGAGGGCCCCGCUCAUCCUUCGGCUCUGCGGCCACCGUGUGGUCCAGGAGGCAGCCCGCAUCGCGUCAGGCAAACUGGCUGAGAAUCCCUUCCUCCCGCAGGAGCGCAGAUCCCGGUUCAGGUGGGGACUUCCUCGGUACCGUACCUGGCUCGAGCAGAGCAUGUGGGCGGCCGGCAGGAGGCAUUUCUGCUUAUGAAAGCCCAGAAAUGAAAGCAGCAGCCGCUGCCGCCUCCGAGGGCUGCAGGGAGAUCAGCACCCAGCAAAUAAGAAGCAAGACCUGGCCCCAGAGGAGGAGGAGCGGCUGAGCAUCUCCCGCUCCUCGCUGUCCUUUAAAUGAGGACUCGUUGUCAGAGACGGAGGUGGAUCCGCAGAGCCGCCGUCUCAGCUCCUGACCCAGCGCUUACAUCACUAACCUGUGACAGGCACAUCUCCACACCCGGUACCUGCUCUUCCAGCGGCUCCCAGCGCUAGAAGCUUCUUUGUAUGCUGCAGACAUGGCCAGCCAACAGGAUUCGGGCUUCUUUGAGAUCAGUAUCAAAUAUUUACUGAAAUCCUGGAGUAAUACUUCUCCAGUUGGCAACGGUUACAUCAAGCCUCCGGUUCCCCCUGCCUCAGGAACACACAAGGAGAAAGGGCCGCCAACCAUGUUACCCAUCAACGUGGACCCAGACAGCAAACCGGGAGAAUAUGUCCUCAAGAGUUUGUUUGUCAAUUUCACCACCCAGGCUGAGCGCAAGAUCCGCAUCAUUAUGGCAGAGCCACUGGAAAAGCCAUUGACAAAAUCUCUACAGCGUGGAGAAGACCCCCAGUUUGAUCAAGUCAUCAGCUCCAUGAGCUCCCUCUCUGAGUACUGCCUACCUUCCAUUCUGCGAACGUUAUUUGAUUGGUACAAAAGGCAAAAUGGCAUUGAGGAUGAAUCACAUGAAUACAGACCAAGAACAAGCAAUAAAUCAAAAAGUGAUGAACAGCAGCGAGAUUAUUUAAUGGAAAGACGAGACCUCGCCAUUGAUUUUAUUUUUUCCUUAGUAUUAAUAGAAGUUUUGAAACAGAUUCCACUACAUCCUGUAAUAGACAGUUUAAUACACGAUGUUAUUAACUUGGCUUUCAAGCACUUUAAAUACAAAGAAGGGUACCUCGGUCCUAACACUGGCAAUAUGCACAUUGUGGCCGACCUGUAUGCAGAAGUCAUUGGAGUGUUGGCACAAGCUAAAUUCCCUGCUGUCAAGAAAAAAUUUAUGGCAGAACUAAAAGAAUUACGGCACAAAGAACAGAGCCCAUAUGUGGUACAAAGCAUUAUCAGCUUGAUAAUGGGGAUGAAAUUCUUUCGAAUAAAGAUGUAUCCAGUGGAGGACUUCGAGGCCUCUCUUCAGUUUAUGCAGGAAUGUGCACAUUAUUUCCUUGAGGUCAAAGACAAAGAUAUCAAACAUGCGUUGGCUGGACUUUUUGUGGAAAUCCUCGUCCCAGUUGCUGCUGCUGUUAAAAAUGAAGUAAAUGUUCCCUGCCUCAGAAACUUUGUGGAAAGCCUAUAUGAUACCACCCUGGAACUUUCUUCUCGAAAGAAGCAUUCCUUGGCUUUGUACCCCCUGGUGACCUGUCUGCUCUGCGUCAGUCAGAAGCAGCUGUUCCUGAACAGAUGGCAUGUGUUCCUCAACAACUGCUUAUCUAACCUGAAGAAUAAAGACCCCAAGAUGGCUCGAGUUGCCCUGGAAUCACUUUACAGACUACUUUGGGUUUACAUGAUUCGAAUUAAAUGUGAAAGCAACACAGCUACUCAGAGCCGACUUAUAAGCAUCAUCACAACACUUUUCCCCAAAGGGUCCCGUGGUGUGGUGCCGAGGGAUAUGCCUCUGAACAUCUUUGUGAAAAUAAUCCAGUUCAUUGCCCAGGAACGUUUAGAUUUUGCAAUGAAAGAAAUCAUUUUUGAUUUUCUUUGUGUAGGAAAACCAGCCAAAGCUUUCAGUCUGAAUCCAGAGAGAAUGAACAUUGGUUUGAGGGCAUUCUUGGUCAUAGCUGAUAGCUUGCAGCAGAAGGAUGGUGAACCUCCCAUGCCGGUGACAGGAGCUGUACUCCCUUCUGGAAACACGUUGAGAGUAAAGAAAACAUAUUUGAGUAAAACGUUAACUGAAGAGGAAGCCAAAAUGAUAGGCAUGUCCUUAUAUUACUCUCAAGUAAGAAAAGCUGUGGACAACAUUUUAAGGCACCUUGAUAAAGAAGUAGGACGCUGUAUGAUGCUAACUAACGUCCAGAUGUUAAACAAAGAACCCGAAGACAUGAUCACGGGUGAGAGAAAGCCAAAAAUAGAUCUUUUCAGGACCUGUGUUGCUGCUAUUCCUCGGCUACUUCCUGAUGGGAUGUCAAAACUUGAACUUAUUGACUUGCUGGCCAGGCUGUCAAUUCACAUGGAUGACGAACUGCGGCACAUUGCACAGAAUUCUCUCCAGGGUUUGCUCGUUGACUUCUCGGACUGGAGAGAAGACGUUCUCUUUGGUUUUACCAACUUCCUGCUGCGGGAAGUAAAUGAUAUGCACCACACACUGCUGGAUUCAUCCCUGAAGUUGCUGCUGCAGCUGCUCACCCAGUGGAAGCUGGUCAUUCAGACUCAAGGCAGAGUCUAUGAGCAAGGGAACAAAAUUAGAAAUUCAGAGCUCAUCCCAAAUGGCUCCAGCCACAGAGCUCAGUCAGAGCGAGGCCCUCACUGCAGCGUCCUCCAUGCUGUAGAAGGGUUUGCACUGGUUUUACUCUGCAGCUUCCAGGUGGCCACACGCAAACUGUCCGUGUUAAUACUCAAGGAAAUUCGAGCUCUCUUUGUUGCCCUGGGUCAGCCCGAGGACGAUGACAGGCCAAUGAUCGACGUCAUGGAUCAGCUCAGUUCUUCCAUUCUCGAAAGUUUUAUUCACGUAGCAGUUUCGGAUUCAGCAACAUUAUCACUGACCCACAAUGUGGAUCUGCAGUGGCUGGUGGAAUGGAAUGCUGUCCUGGUCAAUAGCCAUUAUGAUGUGAAGAGCCCUUCCCACGUCUGGAUAUUUGCACAGUCGGUCAAAGACCCCUGGGUCCUCUGCCUCUUCAGCUUCCUUCGGCAGGAGAACCUGCCCAAGCACUGCCCCACAGCCCUCAGCUACGCCUGGCCUUAUGCCUUCACUCGGCUCCAGUCUGUGAUGCCAUUGGUUGACCCCAACAGCCCAAUUAAUGCCAAGAAAACCAGCACUGCGGGCAGCGGAGACAACUAUGUUACUUUGUGGAGAAAUUACCUUAUUCUCUGUUUUGGAGUCGCAAAACCCAGUAUUAUGAGCCCAGGACACUUAAGAGCUUCCACUCCCGAAAUAAUGGCUACCACACCCGAUGGUACAGUGAGCUACGAUAACAAGGCCAUAGGCACCGCAUCAGUGGGAGUUCUGUUAAAGCAAUUGGUGCCCUUGAUGAGACUAGAGAGCAUUGAGAUCACAGAGUCCUUAGUUUUAGGAUUUGGAAGAACAAAUUCUCUUGUUUUCAGAGAAUUGGUUGAAGAACUUCAUCCAUUAAUGAAAGAGGCACUAGAAAGAAGACCAGAGAACAAGAAACGCAGAGAAAGGCGAGACUUGCUAAGGCUACAGCUGCUUCGAAUUUUUGAACUUCUGGCUGAUGCUGGUGUCAUAAGUGACAGCACAAAUGGAGCCUUAGAACGAGAUACGUUAGCCCUUGGAGCUUUGUUCUUAGAAUACGUGGACUUGACCCGCAUGCUCCUAGAAGCUGAAAAUGACAAGGAAGUCGAAAUCCUUAAAGAUAUCCGGGCACAUUUUAGUGCCAUGGUGGCCAACUUGAUCCAGUGUGUUCCAGUUCACCACAGAAGAUUUCUCUUCCCCCAGCAAAGCCUGAGGCACCAUCUCUUCAUCCUGUUCAGCCAGUGGGCAGGCCCCUUCAGCAUUAUGUUCACUCCUCUGGAUCGGUACAGCGACAGGAAUCAUCAGAUUACAAGAUACCAAUAUUGUGCUUUAAAGGCAAUGUCAGCAGUCUUGUGUUGCGGCCCUGUUUUUGAUAACGUGGGUCUUUCCCCAGAUGGCUACCUAUAUAAGUGGCUGGACAACAUUCUGGCUUGUCAAGAUUUACGAGUUCAUCAGCUUGGCUGCGAAGUCGUUGUCUUGCUAUUGGAACUUAAUCCUGACCAAAUCAACCUUUUCAAUUGGGCCAUUGACCGAUGUUACACAGGUUCCUACCAACUUGCAUCUGGUUGCUUCAAAGCCAUAGCAACUGUGUGUGGAAGCAGGAACUAUCCCUUCGACAUAGUGACAUUGUUAAACCUUGUUCUAUUCAAGGCCUCUGACACCAACAGAGAGAUCUAUGAAAUCUCCAUGCAGCUGAUGCAGAUCCUUGAAGCAAAGCUUUUUGUAUACUCAAAGAAAGUCUCCGAACAAAGACCUGGCAGUAUUCUCUACGGGACACACGGCCCACUGCCACCCCUCUACAGCAUGUCACUGGCUCUCUUGUCCAGUGAACUGGCCCGGAUGUACCCUGAGCUCACUCUCCCACUCUUCUCAGAGGUCAGCCAGCGAUUCCCCACAACGCACCCAAAUGGGCGUCAGAUCAUGCUCACUUACCUGCUGCCCUGGCUGCACAACAUUGAGCUGGUGGACAGCAGGCUCCUCCUUCCAGGGUCAAGCCCCAGCAGCCCGGAUGAUGAAGUCAAGGACCGGGAAGGAGAAGCGACCGCCUCUCACGGACUGAAAGGGAAUGGCUGGGGCUCUCCGGAAGCUACAUUACUGGUCCUGAAUAACCUCAUGUACAUGACAGCCAAGUAUGGGGAUGAAGUUCCUGGACCGGAAAUGGAAAAUGCUUGGAAUGCAUUAGCCAACAACGAGAAAUGGAGCAACAACCUAAGGAUCACCUUGCAGUUCCUGAUCAGUCUGUGCGGGGUCAGCAGUGACACCAUACUCUUGCCCUACAUUAAAAAGGUGGCAGUAUACUUAUGCCGUAACAACACCAUUCAAACCAUGGAAGAGCUUCUCUUUGAGCUUCAGCAGACCGAGCCAGUGAACCCCAUAGUCCAGCACUGUGACAACCCACCUUUCUACCGCUUCACGGCUAGCAGCAAGGCCUCUGCAGCAGCUUCCGGAACCACCUCCAGCAGCAAUACAGUGGUUGCCGGCCAAGACAGUUUCCCAGAUGCUGAAGAGAACAAGAUAUUGAAAGAAUCUGAUGAAAGGUUCAGUAAUGUUAUCAGAGCCCACACCCGCCUGGAAUCAAGAUACAGCAAUAGCUCUGGAGGAUCAUAUGAUGAGGAUAAAAAUGACCCCAUCUCUCCCUACACGGGCUGGUUGUUGACGAUUACAGAGACCAAACAGCCGCAACCCUUACCAAUGCCCUGUACUGGAGGGUGCUGGGCCCCCCUGGUUGACUAUCUGCCAGAGACCAUCACACCUCGGGGGCCACUCCACAGGUGCAAUAUUGCUGUGAUCUUUAUGACGGAGAUGGUGGUGGAUCACAGUGUAAGAGAAGACUGGGCUCUGCAUCUACCCUUGUUACUUCAUGCUGUCUUCUUAGGUUUGGACCAUUACCGGCCUGAAGUCUUUGAACACAGCAAAAAGUUGCUCCUUCACCUCCUGAUUGCCCUGUCUUGCAACAGCAGCUUCCAUACUAUCGCCUCGGUACUCUUGCAGACCCGGGAGAUGAGUGAAGCGAAGACUCUAACCGUCCAGCCAGCUUAUCAACCAGAAUAUCUCUACACAGGUGGCUUCGACUUCCUGAGAGAGGACCAGUCCUCCCCAGUGCCAGACUCAGGGCUGAGCUCCAGUUCCACCUCCUCCAGUAUUAGCCUGGGAGGCAGCAGUGGGAACCUCCCGCAGAUGACCCAGGAGGUGGAAGAUGUGGACACAGCCGCCGAGACAGAUGAGAAGGCCAACAAGCUCAUUGAGUUUCUCACAACCAGGGCAUUUGGUCCGCUUUGGUGCCAUGAAGACAUCACACCCAAAAAUCAAAAUUCAAAGAGUGCUGAACAACUGACUAAUUUUCUACGUCAUGUUGUGUCUGUGUUUAAAGAUUCCAAAUCAGGUUUCCAUCUAGAGCAACACUUGAGUGAAGUUGCCCUGCAGACAGCCCUGGCCAGCUCUUCGAGGCACUACGCCGGUCGGUCCUUCCAGAUAUUCCGGGCUCUCAGGCAACCACUGUCAGCACACGCCCUGUCUGACCUCCUGUCGAGACUGGUAGAGGUGAUUGGGGAGCACGGAGACGAGAUUCAGGGUUACGUAAUGGAAGCACUCCUGACCUUGGAAGCUGCUGUGGACAACUUGUCUGACUGCCUGAAGAACAGUGAUCUCUUAACCGUAUUAUCUCGCUCUUCAUCACCAGAUUUAAGCUCGAGCACCAAACUAACAGCAAGCCGAAAAAGCACAGGGCAACUAAAUGUGAACCCUGGAGCUGCCAGUGGCAAUACCACAACAGCAGAGAGGAGCCGCCAUCAAAGAAGCUUCUCUGUGCCCAAGAAGUUUGGUGUUGUUGACCGAUCCUCGGACCCACCUCGAAGUGCUACCCUAGACAGAAUUCAGGCGUGUACCCAGCAGGGCCUCUCCUCCAAAACCAGAAGCUCCUCCUCCUUGAAGGACAGUCUCACAGACCCAUCCCACAUAAACCAUCCGACCAAUCUGUUGGCCACCAUCUUCUGGGUUACGGUGGCCUUGAUGGAGUCUGACUUUGAGUUCGAGUACCUGAUGGCCUUACGGCUGCUGAAUCGACUGUUGGCUCAUAUGCCACUGGAUAAAGCUGAGAACCGAGAGAAACUUGAGAAACUCCAGGCACAGCUCAAGUGGGCUGACUUCUCAGGGUUGCAGCAGCUGCUGCUGAAGGGAUUCACAUCCCUUACCACCACUGACCUUACCCUGCAGCUUUUCAGCUUGCUGACACCAGUGUCCAAAGUAUCCAUGGUGGAUUCAUCACAAGCUAUUGGGUUUCCACUGAAUGUCUUGUGUCUCCUGCCCCAGCUGAUCCAGCAUUUUGAAAAUCCAAAUCAGUUCUGUAAGGACAUAGCUGAAAGGAUCGCUCAGGUUUGUUUGGAAGAGAAAAACCCUAAACUUUCUAACCUUGCCCACGUUAUGACGCUUUAUAAAACACACAGUUACACAAGGGACUGUGCCACAUGGGUCAACGUGGUGUGCCGAUACCUUCAUGAAGCCUAUGCGGACAUUACCUUGAACAUGGUUACCUACCUGGCAGAGUUGCUGGAAAAAGGUCUUCCCAGUAUGCAGCAGCCCCUCCUCCAAGUCAUCUACAGUCUGCUCAGCUACAUGGACCUUUCUGUCGUUCCUGUCAAGCAGUUUAACGUGGAAGUUCUGAAGACCAUUGAAAAAUACGUGCAGAGCGUUCACUGGAGAGAAGCUUUGAACAUCCUGAAGCUGGUUGUUUCUCGGUCAGCCAGCCUCGCACUGCCUUCCUACCAGCACGGCGACCUCUCCAAGAUAGAAAUACAUCGAGUGUGGACCAGUGCUUCUAAGGAAUUGCCUGGGAAAACCCUGGACUUUCACUUCGAUAUUUCAGAGACGCCGAUCAUUGGGAGGCGAUAUGACGAACUACAGAAUUCUGCGGGGCGUGAUGGGAAACCCAGGACCAUGACGGUCACCCGAAGUGCAUCCUCCACUUCGUCAGGCUCCAACUCCAAUGUUCUUGUUCCUGUGAGCUGGAAAAGGCCCCAGUAUUCUCAGAAGAGGACAAAAGAGAAGCUGGUGCACGUCCUUUCUCUGUGUGGCCAAGAAGUAGGGUUAAGCAAAAACCCAUCUGUGAUUUUUUCCUCGUGUGGGGACCUGGAUCUGCUGGAGCAUCAGACGAGCCUGGUGUCUUCUGAGGACGGCACCCGGGAGCAGGAGAACAUGGAUGACGCAAACAGCGAGCAGCAGUUCAGAGUCUUCAGGGACUUUGAUUUCCUAGACGUGGAGCUGGAGGAUGGAGAGGAACUUCAGGGUGAGAGUAUGGACAAUUUCAACUGGGGAGUGCGCAGACGUUCCCUGGACAGCCUGGACAAGUGUGACAUGCAGAUCCUGGAGGAGCGCCAGCUCUCAGGAAGUCCUCCCAGCCUAGAUAAAAUGAACCAUGAGGAUUCCGAUGAAUCAUCUGAGGAGGAGGACCUCACAGCCAGCCAGAUCCUGGAGCACUCCGACCUAAUCAUGACCCUCUCCCCUUCAGAGGAGGCCAGUCCCAUGGAACUGCUCACCACAGUCUGCGACUCAGCCCCCGCUGACCCUCGUUCCUUUAACACCAGAAUGGCCAGCUUGGACACUUCACUGCCUGAUAUGAAUAAUCUGCAGAUUUCUGAGGGUUCAAAGGCUGAAGCCGUCCAGGAGGAGGAAGACACUACCGUGCAUGAGGAUGACCUUUCAAGUUCCAUCAAUGAGCUCCCAGCAGCUUUCGAAUGCAGUGACAGCUUCAGUCUAGAUAUGACUGAGGCAGAGGAGAAAGGCAACCAAGGCCUGGACCAGUUUACCCUUGCAAGCUUCGGAGAAGGUGACAGAAGCGUCUCUCCCCCUCCCUCGCCUUUCUUCUCCGCCAUCCUUGCUGCCUUUCAGCCUGCAGCCUGCGAUGACGCCGAGGAGGCCUGGCGCAGCCACAUCAACCAGCUCAUGUGUGACUCGGACGGCUCCUGUGCGGUGUACACAUUUCAUGUGUUCUCCUCUCUGUUUAAGAAUAUUCAGAAGAGGUUCUGCUUCCUGACCUGUGAUGCCGCCAGUUACCUCGGAGAUAACCUCCGGGGAAUUGGAUCCAAAUUCGUUAGCUCCUCCCAGAUGCUCACCUCCUGCUCGGAAUGUCCGACACUGUUUGUGGAUGCGGAGACUCUCCUUUCGUGUGGACUUCUGGACAAGCUCAAGUUCAGCGUCUUAGAACUGCAAGAAUAUUUGGAUACCUACAACAAUAGAAAAGAGGCCACCCUCUCGUGGCUUGCAAAUUGUAAGGCAACAUUUGCAGGAGGAUCCAGAGAUGGAGUAAUUACCUGUCAGCCUGGGGACUCAGAAGAAAAGCAAAUGGAAUCUCUUGCACAACUAGAACUGUGUCAGAGGUUGUAUAAACUGCACUUCCAGCUGCUGUUGCUUUUUCAGUCCUACUGUAAGCUCAUCGGCCAGGUGCACGAAGUGAGCUCCAUGCCAGAGCUGCUGAAUAUGUCCAGAGAACUGAGCGACCUGAAGAGAAACCUGAAGGAGGCCACGGCAGCCAUCGCCGCGGACGCCCCUUACGCAGAGGGCGCGUGGUCCGAGCCCACCUUCACGUCCACCGAGGCAGCCAUCCAGUCCAUGCUGGAGUGCCUGAAGAACAACGAGCUCGGCACAGCCUUGCGGCAAAUCAGGGAAUGCAGAAGUCUGUGGCCCAAUGACAUCUUUGGAAGCAGUUCUGACGAUGAGGUCCAGACACUACUGAACAUUUAUUUCCGUCACCAAACGCUGGGACAGACAGGUACUUAUGCACUGGUGGGAUCUAACCAGAGUCUGACCGAAAUCUGCACCAAGCUGAUGGAGCUGAACAUGGAAAUCCGGGACAUGAUCCGCAGGGCGCAGAGUUACCGAGUCCUCACUGCGUUCCUCCCAGACUCCAGUGUUUCCGGCACUAGUCUCUGACAGGAGCCUCCCGUGCCCCCUGGCUUCCAAGCUGGGGGUGCUGCCGUGCUGGGGCAGUGUCAUUCAGUGUCUUCUCAGCCUUCAGAAGGCUUGGACAGACUGUUCUCCCUCUUGUUACCUGCAGGACUUUUUCUAAAGAGGGUGACAGAGCUUCCAACGUGUAGCAAUACUUUACGAACCAAGGCAGCAAAGGACAUCCUGAGACAGACUCCCCGCAUCACGCUGUGGGGCACAAACACGCUACCCACUUCCUGAGCAAAUGCAACCCACUACUGGAGCACUGACUUCCAUGGCAUACCAAAGCGGCGACACUGAACAAUUCCUUCCUCCCUAGAAGCAGUUUUAGAGUAGCAGAAGUGCGGUGUUUUCUUCACUUCCGAGAUUUUUAUAUUCUACACCUUGUACAUUUGUCCCCUUUCCUCCCCUCCCCCCUUGGUUCUGUUUUGUUUGUUUUGUUUUUGGUGAGAUGAGAAAAGGACAGGCAGAAUGAAGCUGGCCACUGAGAAACUGAACGACGGUCCAACGCUGACAGCCUGCGUGUCUCAAAGGGACUUGGGAAUGGACUGCAAUGUAAUGGACACUGUUAUUUGAAUACAAUUACUGUACCUAAAAGGAGCUGCUAUGAAGUACUUUUCUUAUGUUGCUAGGCUACUGUUUUUGAAGGCCUGGAUCUCUUUGCACCAAAACUGAUCCAGAUAGACUCUUUUUAAGGAUCUUGGCUGCUUUUUACUAGAAGGUUGCUUUUAUGAACAUAUUUAUACUACAGAAGGAUAAAUGUUAAUUUUAAUUAACUUUGCCAUUUUAUAGAGAAAAUUUAUUCACAUAAAUUCCAAGUCUUUUCACCUCUCACGCAUGCAUAUGUUAACAUCCAUUCGGAUAGGCAGAAAUAGAAUCAUAAAGAUAUGAAUUGUCACUUUGUUUCUGAAGAAUAAUGUAUUUUAUUUGUAAUAUAUAUGUAAAGGGCCAUUCUUAAGUUUCCUCCGUAAACUUAAUGCUGUCAAAGUGUUAGAUGUGUGCAUGUGAAUCUGUUACACAUCAGAGACGUUCAAAGUUUAUCUACGUAACUUAUUCACGCUGUAUAUACAUUUAAAGUUUUGUGAUGUAAUCCUGACUGAUACUCUGUUCAGAACUUUCUUUAGACAAAAAAAAAAAAAGCAAGGACAAAAUACACGA